AUGGCCGAGGCUGUCGGACUUGGAGCGAACAUUGUCGCACUCAUUCAGCUCACCGCGCAGCUAAUAGCUAUAAGCUACAAAUAUAUCAGCGGGGUAAAGCAAGCUCGCGACGAAAUCCGGAACUUGGCAUCUGAGAUGCAAUCGCUCUCUAUCGUCUUCUCCAACUUGGAGGUCUGCAUGCAAGACGGUUCUGGAUCCACACCGCUGAAGGAACUCGGAGACCCGCUACAGGAAUGCACCCUGGAAAUAAAGAUUUUCUUGAAAAGGCUGGAGCCUGCAGGAUGGUUCGCAAAGAAGAUGACUUCACUUACCUGGCCUUUUAAAGAGAAGAAAACGUCAGACUUCGUUUUACGUAUGGAAAGAUACAAACUUCUGUUCUCACUUAUGUUGGACACCAUCGAAAUGCCUCGGUCAAAACUUAUUGAAGCAAAUGUGCAAAUACUUGGAGACCAUGUCCAAGAUAUCAAAAACGAUGUACAGGAGAUGAAAGUUCGCGCGGAAUACUGGAGUUCAAGAUGUCAAAUAUACUGCACAAAACAUUGA